AUGAGUCGACGUGCGGUCGACGUCGGGCGAAGAGCAUCACACCUUGCCAACGCGAACAGCCUCAAUAAGAUCCCGCUGCUCGCAGCGAGCGCGGUCAGACUUGAACUGAAGUCGAAUCAAACGAUCACUUCCAUUGGACCUAUAGCACAGUCAAGAUGCCGCAUCGGCGCGAGAUCCUACCACGCUGGAUCCCAGCUUACGUUCAUUACACGGCCUCGAACUCCAACGGCGGAUGAAGGGAAGUCAGGWCUUGGAGUAACCUUCAGGCCUGGAUUGCAACACUGGUGGGCUUCGAGGCCACCACCUAUAUCUUCCCUACAGACACGAUGGAAGAGCACACACAAUAAAUCACCUGAUAAGGCUUCUCAACAACCACAACAGUUGCCAAAUACAACUCCUCCAACCGAAGAGCGAGCCACGGCUACCCCAGCCAACGGGGGAUCGAAUAAACAUCUGCUGGAUCGUUUGCCACAUCUACAUCGCCCUACCAAGGAAGAGCUCCUAGCUGCGGCAACUGGAUUCUGGCAUCGUCUGCAGAUUCGCUUCAAGUGGUUCUCUAUCCGUAGCGUGCGACCGUACACCUCUGAUGAGAUAUUCGCAUUUGUCAGCUGGAUAUUCUGGGCACAUCUCCUUUGGUUUAUCAUUGGAACCACGACGUUUGUCAGUCUCGCCAUUUGGGCCAUCAAUACCGUCUUCGCCCAAGAGACUCUGGCAGGCUGGGUUGGAAGGUCUCUGACGAAGAACACUGGCAUUAAGGUUGUCUUCGAGGAAGCUAUUGUACCACACUGGGGAGAUGGAGUCAUUCGCUUGAACAAAGUUUUCGUGAGCCGAAGGCCACAGACUGGCAGUAGCCAGAGAUCGGCAGCAGUCUCAAAGGGAUCAUCGACAACAGCCGCUGCCGUAGCCGCUGCCGAAGCCAAAGCAGAGAGAGAGCGGAUACACGGCAAGCAAGCCAGUGAUGAGCAGGAAGAUGACGGCAACUACACACAGUUCGAUGUCACGAUUGAUACUGUUGAAAUCACGCUCUCCUUCGCCAAAUGGUUCAAUGGAAAGGGAUUGCUGCGAGAUGUUGAGGUUCGCGGAGUGCGCGGUGUCUUAGACCGCACGUCUGUCCAGCCACGGAUCGAGAACGUUGAUCCAAAGAGCUACCGGCACGAACACAACACGGGAGACUUCGAAAUUGACAAUUUCAAAAUGGAGGACGUACUCCUGACAGUCUACCAACCGAACAAUUUCAGGMCAUUCCAAGUCAGUGUUUUCAACUGCGAACUGCCCAGACUACGCAAGCAAUGGCUUUUCUACGAUUUCAUGAGCGCGAACAAUAUGAGUGGUAGUUUCGACAAUUCUCUCUUCACGAUCCAUCCAAGACAGGUUCACAGCACUACCGGAGUCACACUGGUCCACGGGAGUGAAGGAGAAGCUUCACAAUGGAAAAAGCACAGCCGCAUCAGACUGGACGGCCUGAAGAUUGACCAUCUCAAUCGUGGUGUUGACGGACCGUUCUCUUGGAUAUACGAGGGCAAUGUCGACAUCGUUGCCGACCUCAUGAUCCCUACUGACGCAGAUGGAAGCAUUGCGAAAGUCAUGAGCGACUUUUACGACCGCAUGGAAGCAACCGUAACAGCACAAACCCAGCAUGGAUUGCAUCGUCAGGUCAACCAUAGGGAGGAGAGGCCGGCCGCUGCACAAGAGAUCAAAUCCGCCGCGGAAGAGGAGGAAGAAGACGACAACCGCUUUCUUGUUAUGGACAUUCAAAUCCACCUCAACGAUGUGCGCGCCUCGGUCCCCAUCUUCACGCGCGAUCUCAGCUAUGUAAACAACGCAGCCGUGCGUCCCAUCGUGGCAUACAUCAACUCCCACUCCCACCGCUCCAGCAACUUCAUUCCCAUCAGCUGUCGGAUUGUAAAACGUCAAAGCGAAUUUGACGGCUCCUGGACCGUCUUCGACUCGGGUUUACUCGACGAUUUAAGCAGGGAGACAUACGAAGCUUUUGCAAAAGACAUAACUGAUCGUAAACAAAGGCAGCGGAGGAUGAAGAAGGUGGGAAUAUGGGCUGCACAAGUCGCGGCUCAGGCGCUUUUCAUUGGCUUGGCUGGGCAGCUUGCUUGA